AUGGAAAGGCGCAAGGCCGCCAGCAGCUGCUGGCGAGGCGAACCGUCCACAUCCUCGGCGGUUAUGCCUGUUAUUCCCCUUCCGCUUAUGUUGCUGGCGGCGUUUAUGAUGGCAACCUGUGCAACUGGCGAUGACGAUCUUCCUAACUUGGCUCUGCGUCAGGCAGUGUACGCAUCAUCAGUGUACCUGUGGGAUAACACUUACCUCUACCCAGGUUACGCGGUGGAUGGAGUCACCGAGUAUCCAAGUCCCCUCGAUGCAUCCACCUUAAGCUUAUUUCACUCGAACUACUCGGAUCCGACGCCUUGGAUUUCUGUUGACCUGGGUGCCGUGGCACUUGUGAAGCGGGUUGUCAUCAUCAACCGAUGUGAUUGCUGUCCGGAACGACUGCAGAAUGCAGAGCUGCGCAUUGGGAACGUCAGCAUUACUCGGGGGAUUAAUGCAGCAGGCGGGGGCGAUACACGCAACAUUACAGGGGACCCCUUGGUCUGGCGACAAGAUGCCGAUGUAGGCAUGUGCGCUUCAAAGAUCAUCGCGUUUGACACGCCCAAGGUUGGACGAUGGGUCACGUUACAAAACAAGUACCCUCUUCUACAAAUCUCGGAGAUCCAAGUCUUUGGAUAUUACGCCGCCUCCGCAGACCAGGAGUCACACAAUGCGUUGGCGCGUUUUCGUUCGUGCGUGCACUCUUCGUGCACAUGCGUAGAUAGUUCUGGUACUGUUUAUGAGCAGUCACCCUUUCUGGGUGCAUGCAUCCAUACAUGUUGCAUCUAUGUCGCUGUAUUACCGGAGAAGGACUCGCGAGUGAAUGCAUGCCUGGGUGCUCCAGUGUGCGCCAAUGUGCUGCCUGGUACGGGUUAUGGUACGGAGGCCUCAACAAUCACAAUUCUCACAAUGCAAUCGUCAGGGGACUGCUGCAGCGCAUGCUCCGUUCACCCAGACUGCCGUUACUGGGUAUUCAGGCGAUGCAAGAACACCUGCACCCUCAAACGUGACGAGGGAGCAGGACCCGGCUUCUUCAUGGAUGCAAGAACUGUGGCGGGUGGAGUGAGACCUGUGGCCCUCUUGGGCACCCGUGGAUCGGCCCCCUGGUACUACAACUCCUUUGUUGACCCAAGUGCGCAAUGGAUCUGGUCACGUGGCGGCGCAUCACAGUCGAUUCCUGGCGCCCCCACAAACCCCGCAACUACUUUUAGCUACGUCUACAGGGCUGCAAGUGUGAUGACUGCCUACAUAUAUGUUGCCGCAGAUGAUUACGUCUGGAUUUACAUAAACGGCCUGCAGACGGGUACCAGCAGGCUCACUAGGGGCUUGAAUGACACUUCUAUUCCGCCGGUGUUGGUGACCCUGCAGAAGGGGCCCAACCUCAUUCAAAUGCGGGUCCAGAACAGUGCUGAUCUCACCACUGCGGGUGUCAUCAUGUCGCUUCAAGACUCAAGUGGGCAGGUGUUGGUCCGUUCCAAUGCGUCCUGGGUAUGGUCCGAGAGAGCCAUCAGUGUAGCAGAUACUCCACCGCCAGUGCAGUGCAUGCAAACUCUAUAUAGUAUGGCCGGCAACUGUACAACAAACCCUACGAAUCUGAGUUUCUUGUAUAAUGGCAGCAUGGACGUCGUCUACCGUGUUGUGUACACCUAUGCGGAUGGCACCCGCUCCCCUCCCAGCACCCUGACCAUGUCGCUCACACAGAACAGAUACCAUGCACCCUGGGUGUACGUGGAGUUUUCUUCACCCAUCACGACACUGUUGGCCGGUGGGCCGCCUGGCAAGCCCCGCACUGGCAUUAUGCUUCAGCGGUCUGGUAUCUCACAUUCAGUAAUUCCGCUACCAUCUCGUGCCACCUGGUAUAACAACACCUUCCUUGACAUCGUCCGCCUUGACAUCAUGGAGGAUUACUGGGAUAAAUCAAUGAUUCGGGGCUGCCAGAAGGUCUCCAACAGUAGCGUCAAGUGUAUAGAUUCAGUGGUUGUGGGCGACUCAUUCGUGCCACCUGUGUCUGCAUGGCGCUGGUCGGGCGGCAGCACUGCUAUCGCUGCUCUCGCUGCUGACACGCCAAGUUACUCAUCCCUUGGCAGCUCUGCACCGGCCCUGAUUUUGAAUGGUGCAGGCGGAUUUAAUGUGAAGUACUCCUUAUUGUACGAAUACAGUUCUGGAUACCGCAGCUUGCCAGCACCGAACAGGCUGUGGGCUGCACAUGCCAACAGGUCACGGCCCUCCAUCUUCGUGGCAUUCUAUGGUGCAUUGUGGCUGUACGAGAAUGACAGUGUGGUGCUGCAGCGCUACGAAGAGGAAUGGGGACUGGUUGAUGUGGACCGUAUAGGGGGCUUGCAAGCCAAUGGCAGCUCCUGGCUGUUGUUCACGGACUCGUUACCACCAUUCUUUGGACCUUAG